AUGUUCGAUUUCGACGUCCUCCUCUGUGUGCUGGAGGACAUCCACGCUUUAUCAUUCAGACCUGAUGAGUGGCAUCAACUGAAGCAGAACCUAGGUUCCAACGCCGGGGUUGCGAGUGCGAGUGAUUCUCGAGUGGACGGUCAGCCUCAUGAGUCUCAUGGGUGUGGGUCUGGGGGUGGUGUUGGCGCUGACCCUGAUGAUGACCUCCGUGACCUUCAUGAUGCUCGACCUCGUCAUAGACAAGUCCACAAUCACAAUGGUUCAGGUUCUGUCUCUCUGCAGUUGCUCAGAAGACUUCUUGCAACCAAAGAUGCCAAAAUCAACAGCCAAGCCAAGAUGCUGAAGUACUACCGACAGAGAUGCACACGUCUUCAGAAGCAAGUGAAUGAUCUCCGCUCAGAUAUUGUGAAUGACAUGGAACGGGAGUCCCGAGACACGCUGCACAUCACACGAGUGAAAUCUGACAGGGCCAAAAAGAAGGAGGUUCGUUGCCUCGAGUCAAACAAGAUUGAUGAAUAUUUCAGUAUCAAAAAAAGAACGUUGUCGCUAGCCAUCAGGCGCAACAUGUCCAACUGCAGUGCAGAGGACCUGGGAGCGGCCCUGAUGGCAUCCGCGCACCAGUUUUUCCAACAACGGGACUCAGAGCUGUCUGACCGUCACAAUGAAGACGAUCGUUGCUCCUUCCUGUGGCUGCAGUACAGGGAGGAUGCAACGAACUCAUCCAAACAUCGGUCGAAGAUGACAGCGCUGGAAUUGCAGGCAUCUUAUGUUGUAGCUGCCCGACAUGACCUGCCGCGAUUGAGUCCCAAGGAUCUAACCUGCAUCAGAAGGUUGGCAGAUGUACUCCCCGUUCACCGCGGCGAUGGUCCCGCAACUUUGGCCCUGUGCAAGAAGAUGCUUGAGAGUUUGGGCUGUCCGACCUGGGAUACAUUUGUGGAACAGCAUGAGGCUGGUGUCGUGACCCACAACAGCUUCGUUUGGAUCAUGUGCACCACAGACCGUGGUCCGAAUGAGAUUUGGACUAAGAAGGUUGUGCAGGCCAAGUUGAUGGAUGUUCCAUGGUGUUUCUUCCUUCCGGCCGACUGUUACGAACAUCAGGCACAUCUGGGUGUACUUGGCGGGUUGAAGCUGGUGGAUUCGUUGCUCGCUGGCAGACGCAAGUGGAAAUACUUCUCUAGUGUGGCUAUGCUUACCAACAUUCUCCGUGACAUCUCACAAGACCUGUACACUGCCUGGCGAACACUUCACGGGGAUGAAUCUGCUAACAAAUGUGUGAGGACUCUGUUUCCCAGGUGCAUUGCAGAGCGAUGGGGGUCGAUAGACCUGACGGAAACCCGCCUCUUGAAAGCUGGAGUGCCUGCGUUGCGAGCCACAAUGAUGCGAGUGUUCCAAUGCACGGAGUACAAUGAUCAAGACAAUGAUGGUGCGUACGAUGUCGACAUGCUGGCCGUUGAGGAGAAGAAGGAAUACCGGAAGCGCAUGGGCAGGUGGCGAACAAGUUCCAUGUCCACUGUGCGUGACCCCUUGUUCGAUGGCGUGGUGCAGGUGAUGAACCUGUGCCGCAAGCCUUUCAUCCACCUCAGCAACUACUUAAAGGCCAAGGUCUUGCCCACGGAAAAUGCUCCCAUGUUCCGGCUGGUGGUCGGGAAGGGGGCACAAAUCGGGCAAGAGUUUGACGACAUGCUCUGGGGCCACUGGCUGUGUUCAUCGUCACGAUGGAGGGCUAUUAUUUCUCGAACGGACUUGGACAGUGAUGACGAUGCUGUAUGGCUCAUGUAUUUGGCGUUUGUGCAGAUCCUUCACAACGCAUCAUGUUUCCAUCGUAGGGUGCUGGAUACUUUGGAGGCGUAUCCGCAGAGACUCAUGUUGCUGGUGAAAGCACAUGAUUCUGAUUGUUGUGAGGAGCGCAAACAGGUCGCACGCGAGCUGCUGUCGGCCAAGCCAGACCAGCUGGAGAUCAACGCACGCAAAGUGAAGACGCUGUUCAAUGCAGAGUUGACUGUGGCUUCUAUUCAGGGAGUGCUUGUUGGGCCACUACGGGUUUGUAUGCGUGGUGUGGCCAGGGUUUGGCAAGCCGACACGCGGGAAAACGAGCGGGUAAACAAACAGCUCAAGCUGACCGCAGAACGUUGCCCCAACGCCUCUGUCGAGCUGCAAUCCAGCCGUGCAUGCAUCAAACAUUUCCUUGGCGAAGCUGGUCACGCUGGGUCCGGAAGCCAACGUCGCAAGUGGUCGACGUACAAACCCACAGCCUUGUCCAUGUUGCGGUCUUGCCUCACGGCUUGGCAUGAUAGGUUGCAAAUCCAGGAAGACACCACACGCUGGCAAGCACCUGAAGAUCCAGAAUUGCUGCCUCAGACCAAACUUGCACAGAUUGUUCGCCGGUUGUAUCCCUGUAAAGUUCCAGUAUCACAGAAGAAUUGGGCCGCUUGCUACAACAUGUUGUUGAGCCGUGCAUUGCAUGAUCGAGAGAGUUCAUCGGAUCGACACCACCAGGUGCCUGUGAUUUGUUUUGCACACAGAGCAGCGGGUGCUCGCAAGAGCACAUUCUCCUACUAUGUGGCCUGCGAGAAAAUCCGGUCUUCACACCGUCUGGUCGAGUGCUCACUGUCAAACAAUGGUGGCGACGACAACAAGUGGGUGCACGUUCGCAAGCCCUUAACCUUUCACAACUCCAUCGAUGUGAUUGCUUCUCACUAUUGCAAUGUGGCCGGUGCAUCGGGCAUGGUACAAAUAUGCAUCGUCCCGGUUCACAGGUCCACUGCUUCAAUGUGUGACCUGAGUCUCGUCGGUGCUUACGGAACGCAAGCACCCGUCCCUGUGACUACGCUCAAACCACCUUCCAAGAAACUCCAGAAGAAACUGUGUUCCACAGAUCCGCAACACAAUGAUUCGGGAAAGGAUGCCGCUGAUGCCGCUGGUGUAGACAACGGGGACGAGUCCGGAGAUGAUGUAGCUCCUGAUGCGGAUGCGUGUGGGGAUUCGGAGAUCAUGGAGGGGAUGCACUUCCUGAUGGAGGAAGCUGAGGCGGAUGCUGAUGCUGAUGAUGACGACCACGGUGACCAAGAGAUUGCGGCUGCUUGCGCCGCACUCAACAAGGCCACCGAUGAGUCGUCCCGGGCCUUUUUCGUUUCAGACUCUAUCGAGCAAGAUGAAGAGAUCUUGCGCACAGACAUUCAGGAGGAGGUCAUGGAGGAAACCAUGCUAUUCGCGGACACCGAAAGGGCACACGAUGCCUUACGCACUGGUGUGUGCCCGAUGCUCCCUCCCCGUGUCAUUGCCUCCUUUGCUACGGCUGACAUGGACCUGGAUGGGCACGCACAGGCCGUCGAAGCAGUGCUGAACCAGGCCAGCGUCAUGGGCAACAGUGUGGACUACAUGUCUUCUGUCAACGAUGCUGAUGGUACAGGUCAAUCAGGCGGCACAAGUGGUGGAGUUUCCGAUAUAGCCUCUGCUUUGACUCAGUGGCUAUCAUGUGUCCAGAAAGGAGUCGAUUCACUGGACUAUUAUGCAUGGUCCCAGGGCAAGCGUCCCGGCCAAGAUCAGGAAUCAGGAGUCUCAUUGGUGUCUUUACCUGAAGUGUCAACGGAGUCCACGUCCACGAACACUCCGUCACAGUUCGUGUUUGUGCAGUGGACAGACCCUGGUAUCCGUGGGCGGAUUGCUGAUUUUGAUCCGAACACAAACCGCUUGAAGUGCAUCGUUCCAGUCGGAAACAAGCGGACACCCAUGAACUUCGUCGAGAAGGGUGCAUCGAUUCUGAUCCCUGCCACAGGUGUGCGUGUACUUCGUGAGCGAAGGACCCAAUCGACACUGCAUCAUUUUCAGGCCAAUCAAGUUCCAGCUGUGCUUCUCCGCAUGAUUGACAUGCUUCGUGCCGCACAGAGCAAACUGAUGGAUGAUAUCGAUCUCGUUAUGGAUGAUGCAGUGUGCUUCGUUUGUGGGCAAUGUGACUCCGUGUCGGAUGGUGUUGGGUCCGAUGUGAGGCUGGCAGAGACCGACCCACCACGGACUAGCCCAUCGGGCCCGUUGGCCCUCUGCCCUGUCUGUUUGCUGCACAGUCACCGCGGUUGUUGUGACAAGGUCUUGGCGGAGUGUCACUCGCGCGUCGAUCAGGGUUCGGCUAGCUGGCCAAGUCCGUCUUCGUCUGACCUUCCUCGAGCGCUUCGCGACACCGGUGUGCAGGGGGGCCUAGACUCUAGACUGCCUAAUGAACCUCUAGAGUGCUAG